AUGACUGAAAAUGCGAACAAUGAUGAGAUUGAUACAAAUUAUUUAGCACAGCUUGAAAAAUGGAUGUGUAAGAAGCUACCAAAUUCUAAUAUCAAGGGUUCAUCCAAUAUUGAGAAAAGACAAUGCCAUGCCAUUCAAGAGAUGUUGGCCCCAAAUGCAAGUGGUUUUGGUUGGAAUGAUAACACAAAAUGCAUCAUAUGUGAUGUUACUGCCUUUAAUGAUUGGGUGAAGAUUUCAAGACUUGCUAGUUGCUUCCAAUUCCUAUUUGAUGAGACAGAGGAAAAGAAGAAAAUUUAUACUGAGCUACUGAAGAUUGAAGGCUUGUCCCAAUUGGAAAGAAUUAAAGCUGGUGGGUUAAUUGUAUAUGGUAGCCAUUUUGACAUCACUAAGAGAGCUGUGAUGCUUGUGGAGAACAGUCCUAAGGCUCCUUAUGUAGGAAAAUUAGGGAUCUCCUGCCUCAAGCUAUCACCUGGAAUAUUUGGCUUGAGCGGAAUAAAUUUAUCUAUGGUUUUGGAGAUGAAGAGAGCAAAGUUCGAGGAUUCCAUCGCGAUAAUCAAACUCAGUCUUAAGUUUAUGGGACCUCACAUUGAGAUCGCUAGAGCGAGUGACACCGGCAAGAUGUAUCAAAGAAUCCUCUUCUACUUCUGUUUCUGUAUCAGUGGCCAACAAAGAAGCGGGAGCAACGGAGCCGAGCCGGUUCUCUCGCCUCCGCCAGGAUUUAAGCCCCUGGAGCCGAAGCCGUUCACCGUCGGGGAGGGCCAGAUUCUCGAUAUCAUCACCGCUUCUCUCGCCCUGUCUUUGCGCUUCGGCUCGGGAACCUUCGUCCUAGGAUAUUCAUCCUCAAUUGUGUUUCCUGAUGAAAUUGGACCGGAUGAAUAUGCUCUGGAUGUUCAAGGUAAGAAGGUGAAAGAGACGUGCAAGUUAGGCCCUCGCCCAGAGAAGCCUAUUGUCAUUGGGGAAAUGUUCAGCUGUCCAUUUUGUCGGAAGGUCAGGGAGAUGGUAAGCAUACUGGCCCUUGAUGUAUUGUUCUAUCCUUGCCCAAGAAAUGGUCCAAAUUUCCGUCCCAAAGUUUUGCAGAUGGGUGGAAAGCAACAGUUUACUUACAUGGUGGACCCAAAUACAGGUGUUGCCAUGUAUGAAUCAGACAAUAUAAUAAAGUAUCUGGCUGAUAAAUAUGGUGAUGGAACUGUCCCUUUGAUGUUAUCACUUGGGUUUCUCACUACAUUAACUGCUGGAUUGGCAAUGCUUCCACGCAUGAGGAGGGGCUCUUCUUAUCUGCCUGCAAAAUUGCCACCACAGCCCCUUGUGUAUUGGGCAUAUGAGGGUUCACCCUUUUGCAGACUUGUACAUGAAGUUCUAGUGGAGCUAGAAUUGCCUCACUUACUUCGCACUGUGGCUCGUGGAAGCCUAAAAGUAAAAAAGGCAGGAGCUAUAUAAACAAGCAUCACAUUUUCAGGCACCAUGCCUAGAAGACCCAAACACUGGAGUGAAAAUGUUUGAACAGCCAUUGUAGAUUGAUUACCUAAAAGCCACAUACGCUCAAUAAAAAAUAAAAAAUAAAAAACUCAGGGAAUGUGUUUGCGGUACAUCACCCUUUAUUUUUUUACAUUUGCAUUUGUACUGUAUGGCCGCUUUUAAUUUCAAUUCCUGAAAAUAAAAUUGAAUGUUGUUUUGAGUAUAAUUAGCAAUCAAAAUUUACAUUGUACGUCAAUGUCAUUGAAAUUUCUUUCACUCUCAGGGACCCGGUUUGACUUGAUUAAAGACUUUCAGAAGCUGACAUAAGAAUGUGAAUGGUUAGUGUUGCUCUUUUCAAAUAUAUCACGUCUCUGUAAAUCAAACUUGUGUAUUGACUUGUUAAAUAUAGAAUUUGGUAAAUGUUAACGUUUAAUUGUGGUUCUAA